CUUGUCCAGCAGGUGUCAGCCGUUGGCCGCUCAGGCUGGUGCAAUGGGAGCAGACACCGAUGGUAAGCAGUUAGCUACAAGCCAGGCUACCUUCAGAGCUGCACACUUGAACGGGUUACGAGCGCUCCUCAGUUUGCUGAAGACAACAGCACUUGUCCUGGCUGGAUAAAAGUAUAUUAGUGGAAUCUUUCUCUGAAAAAGAACAAAGCCAUAUUGGCAGGAAACAGCAACAUGUUCAAUCUGAUGAAAAAGGAUAAGGAGAGGGAAUCGGGAAGGAAGGAAAAGAAAGACAAAAAGGAGAGAAUGUCUGCGGCAGAGCUGCGAAGCCUGGAGGAGAUGAGCAUGCGGCGAGGUUUCUUCAACUUGAAAAGAGAAGCAAAGCGUGAGUCCAAGCACAAGGUGGAGAUCUCCAACCCAAUUCCUAUCAAAGUGGCGAGCGGCUCGGAACUCACUCUGACUGACAUUGAAUCAGACGGCCUGAGCAACAGAAGCAGUAUGGUUCUGGAUGAGCAGCUGAGCGCUGCUAGCUCCACUGAUGACCUGAAGGGUGAGGGCGGAGGUCAGGAUCAUCGCAAUUCUGUACGAGAUCGCGUAGCUCACUUUGGCUCACUGGCCAAACAAAACUCCUCACAGAUGGGACAAAUGAUAAAGCGGUUUUCCUUUUCCCAAAGAAGCAAGGAAGAGAGCCUUUCAGAAUGUUCCACCCCAUCAGGCCAGGACUCCGAUUCUCCACAAGUGGAGAGCAAAGUCUUCAAUAUGUUGCGCAAACAUAGCCUCAACCAACAUACUGCAAAACCCAUUGCCAGACAGUUUUCCAUUCCAGAGGUCGUUGACAAGACAUUCCCUGCUCAAUUACAUCUACCAGCUGUUGUUGCCCCAACACCACCUGAGACACGUGAGCUGAUACUCCAGCGUCGCAACACAGGCGAUUUUGGAUUUUCUUUGCGUCGUACUACCAUGCUGGACUGCAGCCCGGACGGUGGAGUCUACAGGCGGGUAGUUCACUUUGCUGAGCCUGGUGCUGGCACAAAGGAUCUGGCGCUUGGUCUGGUGCCAGGAGACAGACUGGUGGAGAUAAAUGGCCGCAAUGUAGAGAACAAGAGCCGGGAUGAAAUUGUUGAGAUGAUCCGCCAAUCUGGUGACACCGUACGACUGAAAGUGCAGCCAAUCCUGGAGCUGAGUGAGCUGAGCUGCUGUUGGCUAAGGAACACAGAGGAACUUCGGAGUCAGGUAACACUGAUCAGUCCCACUGAGGAGGCUCAAAAACGGCUAAUGAGGAUCUUCAGUGCACCUGUGGAGCCGCCAGUCAGUGUUGCGUCUACUGUCCAAUCUACUGCUCUUGUAGCCUCACUGCCCCAUAAGCCCCUCCAGGAAUCAGUGGAAGAGGACUCUGUAGCCCUCCUUCAGUCAUCUCAUGCUGCUUCUAAGCAGUCCCAGGUAAAGACGGAGGAGCAGAUAGCAGCAGAGCGGGCUUGGUAUGGCUCUGAGAAGGUCUGGCUGGUCCAUAAGGAGGGCUUUUCCCUGGCAACGGUGGUAAAAGCUGAGCCAGGGUCCCUGCAAGAAGGCAAGGUGAAAAUCCAACUAGAGCAUGAUGGGACAAUACUUGAUGUGGAUGAGGAUGAUAUUGAAAAGGCCAACCCUCCAUCAUACGAUCGGUCCGAGGAUCUGGCUUUGCUGCUCUAUCUUAAUGAAUCCAGUGUGAUGCAUUGUUUGCGGCAACGCUAUGGAGGAAACCUCAUCCACUCCUAUGCUGGACCCAACAUGGUGGUUAUUAACCCUGUCAGUACAGCCUCCAUGUAUUCAGAAAAGGUGAUGCACAUGUUUAAAGGGUGUCGGCGUGAAGAAUCGGCUCCUCAUAUCUACUCUGUGGCCCAGUCGGCCUACCGUAAUCUUCUCACCACAAGACAAGACCAGUCGAUUGUACUACUUGGAAAGUCUGGCAGUGGCAAAACCACCAACUGCCAGCACCUUGUCCAGUAUUUGGUCUCUAUUGCUGGCAGCACAGGCAAAAUCUUCUCUGCGGAGAAGUGGCAAGCAGUCUACACAAUCCUUGAGGCUUUCGGGAACACUUACACUUCAAUGAACGCCAAUGCCAGUCGUUUCUCACAUGUAGUGUCGCUUGACUUUGACCAAGCUGGACAGGUGGCAUCUGCAUCUAUUCAGACAAUGUUGCUGGAGAAAAUGAGGGUGAGCAGACGACCGGACAAUGAGUCAACCUUCAACGUUUUCUAUUAUAUGAUGGCUGGGGCUGACAGCACCCUGAGAACUGAGCUACACUUCAACCAUUUGGCCGAGAACAGUACUUUUGGCAUCAUUCCACAGUCAAAGCCCGAGGAUAAACAACGAGCAUCCCAGCAGUUUACUAAGCUGCAGGCAGCUAUGAAGGUGCUGGCCAUUUCGAGUGAAGAGCAGAAAGCUCUCUGGCUUGUCUUGGGAGCCAUAUACCACUUGGGGGCUGCGGGAGCAACAAAAGAUGGAGAUGAAGCGGGACGCAAACAGUUUGCUCGUCAUGAAUGGGCCCAGAAAGCAGCUUACCUUCUAGGAUGCACCUUAGAGGAGCUGUCUUCUUCUAUCUUUAAGAAUCAGGCCAAAGGCAUGAAGCACUCCACCUCAUUCAGAGGAGGACCAGAUGAAAUGAGCCAAGUUGACUCAGCCUCAAAGGUCACAGCUCGGGAGUGCUUGGAGGCCAUGGCAUCAGGACUCUACUCAGAGCUCUUCACUUUGGUGAUAUCCCUCAUAAACAGAGCUCUCAAGUCUAGUCAACAUUCUCUAUACUCCAUUCUGAUCGUGGACACUCCAGGUUUCCAGAACCCUCAUCUUGCUCAGCAGCAGCGAGGAGCUACGUUUGAGGAGCUUUGUCAUAACUACACCCAGGAGAGGCUGCAAACCUUGUUCCAUGAACGAACCUUUGUCCAAGAGAUGGAGCGAUACAAGGAGGAAAACAUAGAACUUGCUUUAGAUGACAUAGAGUCCAGUCCUUCAGUGUCUGUAGCAGCUAUCGACCAAGCGUCAGCUCAAGCUUUGGUUCGUACUCUCGCCAGGACCGAUGAAGCCCGUGGCCUUCUCUGGCUGAUGGAAGAAGAGGCACUUAAUCCUGGCGGUUCAGAAGAGACCAUGCUGGAGAGGCUCUUCAGCUACUAUGGCUCAGCACAGGGAGAACGUAAAGAAGCCAAUCUACUGCUACGAGGACAAAAGCCCAAUCUCUUUUUGCUGGGCCACAGUCAUGGAACGGACUGGGUGGAGUACAACACACAAGGCUGGCUUAGCCAUGCCAAGCAUAACCCUGCUUCCCAGAAUGCAGCCACACUGCUGCAAGACUCUCAAAAGAAAAACAUCAGCGGGUUAUUUAUGGGCCGAGCGAGUGGGGCAACAGUGUUAUCAGGUUCCAUUGCUGGUCUGGAAGGAAGCUCACAACUAGCCCUGCGACGGGCCACUAGCAUGAGGAAGACCUUCACUACAGGUGUCGCUGCUGUCAAAAAGAAGAGUUUGUGUAUCCAGGUCAAACUUCAAGUGGAUGCCCUGAUUGACAUGGUGCGUCGCUCCAAAGUCCACUUUGUCCAUUGUCUGCUGCCCAAAGCGGAGGCAGUUGGAGGAGGAAGCGAGCUGCGUGUUGGACAUGGAGAGAGUGCAGAUUCAGGGCUCAUGACUUUGGAUGUUGGUCUCCUAAGAGCUCAGCUACGAGGAUCGAAACUGCUGGAUGCAUUGCGCAUUUACAGACAAGGAUACCCAGACCACAUGGUAUUCUCUGAGUUCCGAAGGCGUUUUGAUGUCCUGGCACCACAUUUGACCAAGAAGCAUGGGCGUCACUACAUUGUGACAGAUGAGAAGAGGGCAGUGGAGGAAUUGCUAGAGUCCUUGGAUUUGGAGAAAAGCAACUACCACAUGGGACUAAGUCGGGUUUUCUUCAGAGCCGGGACUCUGUCAAGGCUUGAGGAGCAGCGGGUUGUUCAGACCAGAAGAAAUAUCUCUCUGUUCCAGGGUGCAUGCAGAGGAUAUUUGGCCAGACAAGCUUUCAAAAAGAGGAAGAUCCAGGAUUUAGCAAUCCGUUGUAUCCAGAAGAACAUAAAGAAGAAUCGUGGGGUUAAAGAUUGGCCAUGGUGGAAGCUUUUCACUCAUGUCAGACCUCUGAUUGAGGUGCAACUCACUGAGGAACAGAUCCGUGGCAAGGAUGAAGAGAUCCUUCACCUGAAACAGAAACUGGAGAAAGUCGAGAAAGAAAGGAAUGAACUGAGACUCAACAAUGACCGUCUUGAGAGCAGGAUUACUGAGCUGUCAUCGGAGUUGACUGAUGAACGGAAUACAGGGGAGUCGGCCUCCCAGCUACUGGAAACUGAAACAUCCGAGAGACUCCGUCUUGAGAAGGACAUGAAGGACCUGCAGGCCCAGUUUGACGACACGAAGAAGCAAAUGGAAUUCAUGGAGAUGGAAGUGAUGGAGGCUCGUCUAAUCAGGGCCUCUGAACUCAAUGGAGUGUUGGAUGAUGAUGAAUCAGGGGGAGAGUGGAGACUGAAGUAUGAAAGAGCUAUCAGAGAAAUUGAAUUUACCAAGAAGCGACUGCAGCAGGAGUUUGAUGACAAGCUGGAAGUUGAGCAGCAGAACAAACGGCAGCUGGAGAGAAGGAUUGGUGACCUACAGGCUGAUAAUGAGGAAUCACAACGAAAUAUCCAGCUGCUAAAGAAAAAAACACAGAGACUCACAGCCGAACUACAGGACACCAAACUUCACCUGGAAGGCCAACAGAGCCGCAACCAUGAUCUGGAGAAGAAACAGAGGAAGUCAGUGUUCGACAGUGAGCUCAGUGCAGCCCAGGACGAGGUGCAGAGGGAAAAGGCCUUCAGAGAGAAACUGGCACGAGAGAAAGAUAUGCUGACUGGAGAGGCCUUCAGUCUCAGACAGCAGGUUGAGGACAAGGACUUGGAGGUGUGUGCAGUCAAUCUUAAAUUGGACCAGCUAGAAGCUGAGCUGCAGGAUCUCAACUCUCAAGAGUCCAAGGAUGAAGCAUCACUGGCUAAGAUGAGGAAGCAGCUUCGUGAUAUGGAGGCAAAGGUAAAGGACCAGGAGGAGGAGCUUGACGAGCAAGCAGGAACCAUACAGAUGUUGGAACAGGCUAAAUUACGUCUUGAGAUGGAGAUGGAGCGUCUGCGUCAAACCCAUUCCAAGGAUAUAGAGAGCAAAGAUGAUGAGGUCGAAGAAAUCAGACAGUCAUGCAGCAAAAAGUUAAAACAAAUGGAAGUCCAGCUCGAAGAGGAGUAUGACGAGAAGCAGAAGGUUCUCAAAGAGAAAAGAGAGAUGGAGUCAAAGUUUCUGUCAGCCCAGGACAAGGUGAGAAGUGGUGACAGUGAGACUGAGAAACGUCUGAGGAAAGACCUAAAGAGGACCAAGACUUUACUGGCGGAUGCUCAGAUCAUGUUAGACCACAUAAAGAACAAUGCACCCAGCAAGCGCGAGAUCGCUCAACUAAAGAACCAGCUGGAGGAAUCUGAAUUCACUUGUGCUGCUGCAGUUAAAUCCCGUAAAUCCAUGGAGGAGGAGAUUGAAGACCUGCAUGUCCAAAUGGAAGAUAUCUCCAAAACAAAACAGGCACUGGAAGAACAGCUGAGUCGUCUGCAAAGGGAGAAAAAUGACUUGCAGACAAAAAUGGAGGAAGACCAGGAAGAUUUGAAUGAGCUAAUGAAGAAGCACAAGGCUGCUGUGGCUCAGUCUGCCCAGAACUUGGCUCAGAUCAGUGACCUUCAAGCACAGUUGGAAGAGGCCCUCAAAGAGAAGCAGGAAGUGCAUGAGACGAUGCAAGCCCUCCAGAGUCAACUGGACUUCCAAGAGCAGUCCAUGGUGGAGAAAUCCCUCGUGAGCCGACAGGAGGCCAAGAGUCGUGAAUUUGAAACUAAGCUGGAGUUUGAGAAGACCCAGGUCAAACGCUUAGAGAGUCUUGUAACCCGUCUCAAGGAAAAUGUGGAAAAACUGACAGAGGAGCGAGACCAACGCAGCAGCAGUGAGAUCCGGGAGAAAGAACAGAGCAAACGAUUGCAGAGACAGAUUCGUGACAUGAAAGAAGAGAUUAAUGAGCUAGCCAAAAAGGAAGGAGAGGCCAGCCGCAAAAAGCAUGAGCUGGAAAUGGACAUUGAGAGCUUGGAGGCUGCAAACCAGAGUUUACAGGCAGACCUCAAAUUAGCCUUCAAAAGGAUAGGUGACCUUCAAGCAGCCAUUGAGGAUGAGAUGGAGAGUGAUGAUAAUGAAGACCUUAUUAAUAGUUUACAAGACAUGGUGACAAAGUAUCAGAAAAGAAAGAACAGAACUCAAGGGGAUUCAGACACUGACUCUGAGGUGGAGGGUCGUGUGGAUGGGGUGAAAUCCUGGUUGUCCAAAAGUAAAGGAUCCACCAAGAUUUUUUCAGAUGAUGGCAGCCUGAAGAGCUCGAGAUUUGCUGUAAACGUAGAUGCAAAAGAAGGCAAAGAGUGGUCGGAUGAUAAGGAAUGGAAAGAGGCAAAUAAAGAGUGCAAAGAUGUAGAGACAAGCCGGCCAUUAUCCGUUAUGAGCUCCCUCAGUUACAGAAAACGUCCCAACCUCAAUUCUAAAGGGGACCAGCUGCUCAGUGUCCUGAAGGAAAAUGCUGAGUUGGAGGAUAAUUUGACUUUACAAAAGUCUAAAUCUAAAAGCACUGAUGUUCAAGAUGAUACCCACUCAACCAGCUCCAACAAGAAAUCAUGGGCAGCGGAUGACAUGGUUGACAGAGAAUCUGUUAUCUCCCAGGCCUAUUCAGAUGCCAACCGGUCCAGGAAAGGCAUGGAAAGCCGUUGGAGUGACAUUGACAAAGAAUCAACCAUUUCAUUUAUUCCACCAAGGCGGGCCUUGACUUGCCUUGGGUCAAGCCCAGAGGAUGAUGCAAAGUCUACCCUAAGAUUGGGUUUCUCAAACACACUCGGACGUCAUCAGAGCACGUCACGCUUAGAUGAGCAUGGCGGAAGGCGAUCACUUUAUGGCAGUGACCCUAGCAGCCCUUGUUUAAGCAAACGGUCUGGCGGUCGCAGUCCUGGUAGUGUCAGUCAAGCCGAUUCCCAUUUGUCACUUGCACGUAGCUGCCGUCUGAGUGAGUUUGAUCUUGAUAUGGAUGAUAGCAGAAGUGUGGCCUUCACUGAGAGGUCAUCUUACAGCCACGCUUCCUCUGGACGCAGCAUUUCCAUGCCACCGCCACAAGCUCGAUCAGCUGUAGGCGAUGAUCUCACAGAUAACGCGGAUAUCAAACCUGUAAGCCAUCGUAACUACCUCGACCCAGACCUGGAAAAAGCCAUCAAUGAAGUAUUAAGUUUCAAACCAAUUCAAUUCAAGCGUCGGAGCUUAGAAGACUCUGAGGCUGAGGAAGGAAAAUCUAAAGACAAUGCAGACAGUAAAGUUACUCGUCCUGGCAAUAAUCUUCAACGCUCUGCAUCAGCUCUGAGCUGCAUGAGACCGUCUUGCAGCUCCAGCAGCUGUAUUAGUCGCCACAGUAAGAGCAAGGGUAAAGGCAAGAAGAAGAAGAAGCGAAGCCGUAGUUCGGAGUCUGAAAGUUCAAGUGACAAUCGUAGUCACAGGAGCAGCUCUUCAAGGAGGUCCAAGAAGACCAAGAAAACGUCUAGAAAGAGGGAAAAAUCACCAUCAUCAUCAGAUUCAGAAUCUGACUCAGGGUCUCAGUCAAGCUCCAGUGCUUCCACCAUCUCCUACCGCAGCUCGAGCAGUGUGAAGAAAGUCCCAUCUCAGAAGGCUGUCAACCCAGAAGAGGAAGUAGAUGGUGGGCCUCAAAGUGAGUCCCAAACCCUCAACAAAAAGAAUGACAAAAAGAGGAAGAAGAAGGUGGACAGCCUGAUGAUGAAGUACAUGUAUCGGCCGGAUAGCGAUUGAAGUCUGCACCCCACCGACAGAAGGCGAUACUGUGUCAGAUCAGACGAAGAGGAGGCAGAU